AUGACUAACAAUAUUGAUAAACUUUUCCAACAUAUUGACUCUAAAAAAAGUCAUUAUAUUGAAAGAUUACGUAAAGCUGUUGAAAUACCAUCUAUAUCUGCUGAGGCUGAACAUCGUAAGGAUGUCUUUAAGAUGAUUGAUCAUGCACAAAAAGAAUUAGAAAAUCUUGGAGCUAAAUGUGAAAAAAUUCCAAAUGGAAAACAAACAUUACCUGAUGGUCAAGUUCUUGACUUACCACCAGUAUUAUUUGGUACAUAUGGAAAUGAUUCUAAAAAAAAGACACUUCUUGUUUAUGGACAUUUAGAUGUUCAACCAGCUAAAAAAGAAGAUGGAUGGGCUACAGAACCAUUCAAAUUAAUUGAAAAAGAUGGUAAACUUUAUGGACGUGGAUCAACUGAUGAUAAAGGACCAGUUCUUGGUUGGAUUAAUGCUUUAGAAGCUAUGCAAGAACUUGGUAUUGAAUGUCCAGUUAAUAUUAAGUUUGUUCUUGAAGGAAUGGAAGAGAGUGGAUCAGAAGGAUUAGAUGAAAUAUUAAUUUCUCAUCAAAAUACUUUCUUAAAAGAUGUUGAUUUUUCAUGUAUCUCUGACAAUUAUUGGUUAGGAAAAGACAAACCAUGUAUUACAUAUGGUUUAAGAGGUGUUUCAUAUUAUUGCAUUGAAAUUCAAGGUGUUAAACAAGACCUUCAUUCAGGUGUUCAUGGUGGUGUUGUUCAUGAAGCAUUAAAUGAUCUUGUUUGGGUAAUGAGUCAACUUGUUGAUAAUAAAGGAAAAAUAUUAAUUGAAGGUCUUGACAAAUUAGUUGCACCAUUAACAAAAGAAGAAGAAAAAUUAUAUGAAAUGAUUGAUUUUGAUGUAAAAUCAUAUGCUGAAGAUAUUGGUGCAAAAAAACUUAUAUCAAUGAAAAAAGAGGAAAUUUUAAUGAAUAGAAUGAGAUAUCCAUCACUUUCACUUCAUGGUGUUGAGGGUGCUUUUUAUGGACCAGGAGCUAAAACUGUUAUACCAUCAAAAGUAAUUGGAAAAUUUUCUAUUCGUACAGUACCUAAUAUGGAACCAAAAGAAGUUGAUAAACUUGUUAUAGCAUAUCUUAAUAAAAUUUGGUCAAAAAGAGGAUCACCUAAUAGUUUUAAAACUAUUCCUCUUCAAGGUGGUCGUUCAUGGGUUGGUGAUACAAAAGAUUCUAAUUUUACUGCCGGAAAAAAUGCUUUAGUAAAAGUUUUUGGUGUUGAACCAGAUUAUACAAGAGAAGGUGGUUCAAUUCCUGUAACAUUAACAAUUGAAGAAUUAACUAAAAAAAGUGUUAUGCUUCUCCCAAUUGGUGCAUCUGAUGACAUGGCUCAUUCACAAAAUGAAAAAAUUAAUGUAUCUAAUUAUAUUGAGGGAACCAAAGUUCUUGCUACAUACAUUUUAGAAUUGGGAAAAGUUUAA